GCCUGCCGCGGCCGCAGCGCGCUAUUUAAGGCCGGCUCCCGAGAGCUGGCUGUGAGUCACAGCCCGCGCGGGCAGCGGCAGCUCGUGUCCCCCAGCACCCAGCGCGCCGUGGGAAGGGACACUGCCCUCGCCAUGGCUUCCCCGGGGCAGAUCAUCUUCUGGAGCAUUAUUAGCAUCAUCAUUAUUUUGGCUGGAGCCAUUGCCCUUAUCAUCGGUUUUGGUAUUUCAGGGAGACACUCCAUUACAGUCACUACUCUGACCUCAGCUGGAAACAUCGGGGAGGAUGGAAUCCUGAGCUGCACUUUUGAACCUGACAUCAAACUUUCUGAUAUCGUGAUACAGUGGCUGAAGGAAGGUGUUAUGGGCCUGGUACAUGAGUUCAGAGAAGGCAAAGAUGACCUGUCAGACCAAGAUGAAAUGUUCAGAGGCCGGACAGCAGUAUUUGCUGAUCAAGUGAUAGGUGGCAAUGCCUCUCUGAGGCUGAAAAACGUGCAACUCACAGAUGCUGGCACCUACAAAUGUUACAUCAUCACCUCCAAAGGCAAGGGGAAUGCUAACCUUGAGUAUAAAACUGGAGCCUUCAGCAUUCCAGAGGUGAAUGUGGACUAUAAUGCCAGCUCAGAGAGCUUACGUUGUGAGGCUCCCCGAUGGUUCCCCCAGCCUACAGUGGUCUGGGCAUCCCAAGUUGACCAGGGAGCCAACUUCUCAGAAGUCUCCAAUACCAGCUUUGAGCUGAACUCUGAGAACGUGACCAUGAAGGUUGUGUCCAUACUCUACAAUGUCACGAUCAACAACACAUACUCCUGUAUGAUUGAGAAUAACAUUGCCAAAGCCACGGGGGAUAUCAAAGUGACAGACUCUGAGAUUAAAAGGCGGAGUCACCUACAGCUGCUGAACUCAAAGGCGUCCCUGGGUGUCUCUUCUUUCUUUGCUAUCAGCUGGAUACUCCUGCCUCUCUCCCCUUACCUGAUGCUAAAGUAAUGAGCCCUGGCCACACAGAAACAUGCAAAGUCAUUGGUACGGCAGGUGACAUGCAUCCUUGAACGGUCCAGGAAAGGACCUCUCAUCAUCUCUGUAUACGGCAUAUGUCAACACAAGGUUUCAGGUUUCUACGUUCUGUCUUGCAUGGACAGCGACCACCUCAGCUUUCAACAGCACCUAGAGCACUGGGACUCAACGGGGUGAUUUUCACACCCCUCCCCGCACACAGCGGACAUCUGAAAAUGUUUGGAGACAGUUUGAGUUGUCACAACUCGGGGGAGAAGGGAGGGUGCUAUUGUUAUGGAUAGAACCCAGGGAUGCCACUCAACCUCUUCCAAUGUACGGAAUUAUCCACCCACAACAAGAAUUACCCAGCCCCAAAUAUCAGGUGUAGAAAGGGCUCUAGAAAAGAGGGAAAACAAAUCUGUUUGCUUCCUACAAAUAGGCACUAUCCUCUAUCUCUCUGGCUGCUGUCAGAGAGAGCCAGAGCUCAGUUUCAGGCAAGCAGGAAUUCCUGAUGGGGUUAUUUCCAGCGGGUUCCUUUCCCUUCAUUCUACAGCACAAAUUAGGUUCUAUGAGAGCUGCCUGAGGUCUAUCCCAAGCUCUCUCACUCUGAGUUCAGAUCUCAGGACACUGCCUAGUCACAAUUCCAAUGAAAGCAACAAAAACAUGUCCCCUCCUUGAAACACACAGAGAUUUCUGAAAGCAGGGGCAAUGGACCUUUGAAA